AUGGCCGUCUGGGCUCCAGGUGACGUGAUGACGACAACGUGUAACAUAGACAUAACUUAUUACCCCUUUGAUACGCAAACAUGUGAUGUGACAUUCAUUCCAUGGGGCUCUAUGAUAAGCGAAAUGAACUUGCACGUUGCCCAGAAGGAAGUUUCUAGGAGGUUGUUCACGGAAAAUGGGGAAUGGGCUCUCCAGAAGGCAACCACAGCUACAGGACUAUUUGACGGGAUAUAUCCUACAUACAGUGUUGUGCUUGAACUGAAAAGGAGGCCGACUUUUGUCGUCGUCAACGUCAUUUUGCCCGUUUUGUUUAUGGGAUUUUUAAAUGUGCUUGUGUUUUUCCUGCCUGCCAAGUCUGGAGAGCGUGUUUCAUUUGCCAUGACAGUUUUGCUUGCAUUCGCUGUAUUCCUUACACUUGUCGGUGACAACAUGCCGAAAACAUCAAAACCCAUAUCGGCAUUAUGUUAUUUCCUGCUAAACAAUCUUAUACUUAGCUCCCUUAUAAUGACUGCGACGAUUGUAAAUCUCAAUAUUUAUCACAAAGAUGAUAACAUUUCAGUCCCACAAUGGCUGGCGACAAUCGUACGCACGUUAAAUUGCAUGCAACGUCCCAAGAGAACAAAGGUUGGAAACCUUGAUGAACGUGAUAGAAAAGCCGAUAACAAAAAGAUGAAGUCAGAAAAUCUAGAAGCUGACCCAGACGAUUUGCCUGUGUACUUGAAAGACCGUAUAACGUGGUGUGAUAUAAGCAAAACAUUGGAUUUUGUAUUUGGUGCGGUGUCGAUCUUGUGGCACCUUAUUACGGCCGUCGCCUUCUUUAUUCUUGUAGUCUAG